AUGAAGCUCCCCACCGUUACCAUUUUUCUGCUAGCCACCUCGGCGGCAGCAGCAAAGCUAAAAUCCGGUCAAAAAAUACUCCUCUCCGAGGUUCCCGCCUUAACGCUGCGAAGCGACCAGAUGACAAAGAAUCGGAGAGUCCCAGCAGUUCCGCAGUUAAAAUGCGUGGGUGGUGAGGGUAAGGGAAAAUAUGAAGUUGACGUUAUGAGGUGCAAGAAUAUUGGAAGUGAUUACAAUGACGAGUACGUGAGCUGGUCAUGCACUGCUGAUCUACCGCGAGAGUUCAAACUUGGCUCUACCGACGUUAUAUGCGAGGGCUAUGAUAGCGCGGACGACCAAUACGUCCUCAAAGGUUCCUGUGGAGUAGAGUACCGGCUGGCACUCACAGAUUACGGAUACGAAAAGUUCGGAUACGGUGGGUCGGUAUUCAAACGAUUACCGUCGAAGGGCAUAGAGGCAGAAACUUUCCUCUUCUGGACAUUCUUCUUCGGAAUCGUCGGAUGGAUCCUGUACUCCGUGUAUAAAAACCGCAACAAUUCAAUACCGAGAGCCAGGGAGCCACGGCGACCUGGUGGCGGUGGCGGAUGGUUUGGCGGCGGAGGAGGUGAUCCCCCACCCCCGUAUGACCCCCGCCCGCCCCCGAAACCGGCAUUCCCGUCAUCCUCAUCACAGCAAUGGCGUCCAGGGUUCUGGUCGGGACUCGCGGCUGGCGCCGCGGGGUCCUACUUGAUGGGGAACAGAGAGAGGGCGAAUCAGACGCAGACAGCACCGCAGUGGUUCCAGUCGAGUGGUGGGCCGUCGGGCGGUUACGGAGGCCCAAGCUGGGGCGGCGGUGGUGGUGGAGGGGAGAGUAGCAGUGCUGGAGCCAUGAGGCAUUCAAGUACUGGAUAUGGGCAGACAAGAAGGAGGUAAUGUCUAAAAUUUCAGAAGCAAGCAUUCGCGUUGUUUGCGGUCGGUCCUAUGAGUGAUACUUGCGGUGUUUGGUUGCGGUGGCUGCGAUACCGUAGUGGUGG